AUGGCAGACGAUACAAGAGAGGUCAAGCCCGAGGUCGUAGUGGAUGCGGCACUGGGUAGUAUGAAGCUGGGAGGGAGUUCAGACGAGGAGACAAUCGCCUUAAAUGGCACAUAUGGAGGCGCAAAAACGCAUUCGCUGAAGAAGUCUCGGUCUUCCACCACAGCUUCCAAAGAAUCAGCAAUCCAGUCACCAAAUAUCCAAACCCCCCAGGACUCCUCAAAUUCAGAACAAGAUGAACAGGAAGAAGUCAUUGGCGGCGACAUUGUUGUCACAGUGGAGCCGGGAAAAGCGCCAAAAUUGUCACGAAAAUCAUUACAAAAAGUUAUUGCGCGACCGCCACCCCUCUUCAGUGAUCUAGACGAUGUCAAAGAAGAAGCAGUGCAAGUAUUUCAAGUCAUUAAAGAGUGCAUAUAUGGCUCCAAGGGCAUGGGAGCUUCACAGCAUGAUUCAUUGGAUUGCGACUGUUCUGAAGAUUGGCGUGAGUUUUCCCCAAAAAUCUAGUGUCGCGAUCUACUAACGUCGCAUCAGAGGAUGGCAAGAACCAUGCAUGUGGAGAAGACUCCGACUGUAUCAAUCGUGCGACAAAGAUGGAGUGCGUUGACGACGAGUGCAAUUGUGGUGUCAAGUGCGAAAACCAGCGCUUCCAGCGCCGGCGCUACGCCGACGUCUCUGUAAUCCGGACGGAAAAGAAAGGAUACGGGUUGCGAGCAAAUACUGACCUGAACGCUAAUGAUUUCGUGUUCGAGUACAUUGGCGAAGUCAUCAACGAACCCACCUUUAGAAAGCGGACCAUUCAAUAUGAUCAAGAGGGCAUCAAACAUUUCUACUUCAUGUCACUCACAAAGAAUGAGUUCGUCGACGCUACCAAAAAAGGAAAUCUCGGACGGUUCUGCAACCAUUCCUGUAAUCCCAACUGCUACGUGGACAAAUGGGUCGUCGGGAAUAAGUUGCGCAUGGGCAUUUUUGCCGAGCGAAACAUCCAAAAGGGCGAGGAGUUGGUCUUCAAUUAUAAUGUUGACCGAUAUGGUGCUGAUCCACAGCCGUGCUAUUGCGCAGAGCCAAAUUGCACGGGAUUUAUUGGAGGAAAGACACAAACAGAGCGUGCCACCAAAUUGUCUCAUGCGACUAUUGAAGCUCUUGGUAUUGAUGAUGGAGAUGGUUGGGACACUGCAGUGGCCAAGAAACCCCGGAAAAAGAAGACAGGGGAGGAUGAUGAAGAAUAUGUCAACAACGUCCAACCAAAGGGCCUUGAUGAGGAUGGUGUCCGAAAGGUCAUGGCCACCCUCAUGCAAUGCAAAGAGAAAUGGAUUGCCGUCAAGCUGCUCGGUCGUAUUCAGCGUUGCGAUGAUGAUAGAGUCCGGAAUAAAGUUGUGCAAAUGCACGGCUACCAGAUUCUUCGCUCGACAUUUACGACAUGGAAGGAGGAUAACAAUGUUAUUCUGCAAAUCCUCGACAUUCUCUAUCAUUUCCCAAGGCUCACACGAAACAAAAUCUCCGACUCCAAAAUCGAAGCUGUUAUUACAUCCUUGGUGGAUUCAGAGCACGAAGAUGUUGCUUCGGAAGCCAAGAGGCUGCUCGCCGAGUGGGGUAAAUUGGAGGUCGCUUAUCGGAUACCUAGAAAGAAAUACGAACCGAAUUCAGCAGGGGCGUAUGAGCGUCGCUCAAAUGAGAGACCCGAGGAGGUCGUGAAAUCACCAGCGCCUGCACUCGUUGCACCCGCGGGUCCAAAAAAUUGCAACAACUUUCAUAGGCCGGCGUUUCAAUCUUCAUUUUCACAAAGACAACAUCAACCGCGCAGGCACUUCCCGCUGCCAUUACCUCCUGGUUGGCACGAGCAAAAAGACGAUAAGGGGAAAACAUAUUAUUGGAUCAGCAAUGAUAAUGUACAACAUUCGCAAUGGGAACGACCAAGACCAGAUUAUCUCAAUCCGCAGCCAGAAAUACCCAAAGCUACACCAAAAAGUGUUCAAACUGCAAAAGCUCUGCAAGACAUCAUUCAAGGUAUCGUUUCAGAGGCAAAGUCACAGACGCCAACUCAGAGUGUUACUACGGAUGAAUCAACCCCCAAGGAAAAGAAAAAACCGGUUGAGAAAUGGCGGUCGCUGUCAGAGGAGAAGCAGAUGAAACUUUACGAAAAUACUGUGAGUGGUCCCGAUUGGUUCUUGAUUGUAAUACUGAUGGCGUGACAGCUUUUUCCACACAUCAAACACGUAAUGCAGAAAUUCACCAAGGUCUUACCCAAGGAAGACUUGAAGCGGUUUGCAAAAGAAGUUGGUAAAAAACUUGUUGCGUCUGAUUUCAAGAACAAGCGUGUCGAGGACCCGACCAAGAUCUCUGCAAAUCAAGAGAAGAAGGUCAAGAAGUUUGUUCGGGAAUACUUUGAAAAGGCUGUUGAGAAGAAGAAAGAAUCAGACAAGAGGAAGCGAGACAAGUUGCAGAAACUGACUAAUGGUAUUACUCCUGUGCCGAAUUUGAGCGUCCAGUCCUCGCCAGCGGGUGACGUAGAAACUUCACUCUCCAACGACACACCCACGCCAUCUCUUCCUCCUUCUCCGAUAAUGCCUUCAGAUACCCCCAUCGGAUCUCCUGAUACGUCACGUAAACGCACGCGUGAGGAUGAAGAUGAUGGUGAUAGCGAUUCGAAUAAACGAUUCAAAGAAGCAGAUGACGACUCCAUCAUGCCUACACCACCUCCCCCACCACCUCCUCCUUCGGAAUUGUGUAUACCAGAUGCGGAACUCGAGCCGAGAGAGGAAACAGAAGAAGAAAAGGAGUUACGGAAACAGGAAGAAGAUUUGAUGCGUGAGAAUGAGGAAGCUAUGAAGAUGGAUCUGGAUGGAAAUCUGGAUCUGGGGACCACAUCUGAUGUUGUUGUUCUCAGCACAAGUAAAGGGGGUGAGAUGGUGAAUGGAAGUGAAAUGGAGAAUCAACCCACCUUGCUGAUGGAGAGGAAUCAAGACGCGUUUGGGGCAAACGGUAAUGUGGCGGUGGGUGUUAAUGGAACGUCUUUGUAUAAUGAGGGAGCAGGUGGUCUGGGGAGUGAGAAGAUGGAGGGGUUGGAGAAGGGGACAGGACGGGAGAGGGAAGAGGUGAUGAGUCAUUGA